GGUCUCCCGGCCACAUUGCCGUCUGCAUAAUCCUCCGUGCUGCUGCUCUCCUUGCUGCCUGUCUCCUUCGGUGGCAGCAGAAGCAGCAGCAGCUGAACUCUCCGUCUGUCGCUUAACCUGAUCAACCCAGGAUGCGGCUGCUCCGUGACAUCACAGCCAGAUGUUUGGCAGAGCCACGCACACGCAUGCCCGCCCCACGCAGUGGGGUCUGAAAUCAUCCGAGGAGCAAUAACGGACGAGCUGGGUUAUGCCGUUGGUAUGCGAUGGGAAGGCUGGAAGGGCUGCUAGCUUGUCGUCGUAGACGAUUGCCAUCAAUUCUGUUCCAAGAGACAAGCUGUUCCGGAUGGGGUUUUGCGUUGCUUUAUCUUUUCUCUGGCUGCCUUUCCUCUUGAGAAAGAGAGAAACUGGGUGUGACCCUUGCUAACAAAGUACUUCUCUGGGCGCUGUGAAACUUAGAAGCUCGGUACGGGGAGAUCUACAGGUGUUUGUGCGUGUGUGGUUUUUUUUUUUUAAGUGAGCACCGAAGGAAAGGUUGCGGUUGACUGCUACGCCAGCAGAGGUGUGAAAAAGAUGGCAACUGCUGCCUACAUUGCGGCUGAGUGCCUUGUCUCCAUGUCCAAUCGGGCGAUCAUCCACGGCUCCGCGGGAGAGCCGACCCUUCAACCGACUGUGAUGGCUUCGUCUCUCACCAUCGCAACCCGGGACAAGAAAUGCAAAGGGAAAGACUCUGGAAAAGAGAAUCCAGGUGGAGCCUCCGUCUAUGCGGUGGCCAGCAUUCUAGCUGACCUAAACCAGCAUGUUCCAAAACCUUCAUCCCCCAAGUUAGAGAAAGCAGAGAGCGCCGACAGAGGGGAGAGAGAAAACCCUUCGCUUCUCUGUGAAAAGUUUGGGGAAGAAAGUCUCCUGCCGGCCGGCAAACGUGGAGGAGGGAAAGCGGCCACACCUACCAGCUUGGCAGCGACGAAAACACCGAGCCCUAAACAAAGGAGCAGAAGAGGGCGAUGCCGGCCUGACCCUGAAUUACCUCAGAAAAAGCAUAAAUGCCACUAUGAGGGGUGUGAAAAGGUUUACGGCAAGUCUUCCCACCUGAAAGCUCACCUGAGGACUCACACAGGCGAGAAGCCUUUCGAAUGCAGCUGGGAAGAGUGCAACAAGAAGUUCGCCCGCUCCGACGAGCUGGCGAGGCACUACCGCACUCACACCGGGGAGAAGAAGUUCGGCUGCCCUCUCUGCGAGAAGCGCUUCAUGCGCAGCGACCACCUGACGAAGCACGCCCGUCGGCAUGCUAACUUCCACCCGAGCAUGCUCAAGAGGAGGAGCGGGAGCAGCUCCCGGACGGGCUCGGUCAGCGACUACAGCCGCUCCGACGCUUCGAGCCCCACCAUCAGCCCCGCCAGCUCCCCGUAGACCUGCCUGCACUGGAAGCCGGCACUUUGGCCUUACGCUUUUAUAAAUACAUGUGUGGCUGUGUGUAUUUUGGAGUUUUUCAUUUGCAUUGCACACUGCUUUUUUUUUUCUUUUAAUA